UUGACACUUGACAGAGAUUGGAAAAAUGCAAAGAUUUUGUUUACUAAAUAAUUUGGCAAAGUAGUUGUAAAAAAAUAAUAAGUGUUGAGCAAUGCAAACAAUUAUAUUCAGUGUUUGAAAAUGGAUUUUGUUGAACCUACACCGGAAGCGUUGCAGAGAAAAUUAUAUUUCCUUUUGGAACAGCUACAAGACAUGGCUAGAGAAUUACCACCCAAAUAUCAAAUGCGAGUCCCAAUAGAAUUAUUAUCAGGGCUUGCUAAUUGCCUUCUUAAUGAUACAGUUUUCGAAAUAGUCAAAGGUCUUAUGGAAAUUCAACAUGUCACUGAAAAACAUUUAUUUCAACAAAGGCUGCAAGUUGUUAAUAAACAUACAACUGAAAUUCAAAAUAUGAUUAACUCUACUCCAAAUCCAGAAGAUCAGGAAUUACAAAAACACAUUUUAUUAAAGAGACACAAAGAAGAAAUGAAGCAGACUGAUAUGAAAUUAGUUAUACAAUUAGAUCAAAAGGUCAGUGACCAACAGGAUACACUAGAAAAAGCUGGAGUCCCUGGAUUCUUCGUUACCACAAAACCAAUAGAAAUCAAAGUACAAAUGUACCUGUUAGAUUUUAUUUUAAGACUGAGUAAAAUGGAUAUUCCACAAGUUUGAAUUUAAGGUUAAAUAUUGUACAUACAUA